GGCGCACGCCCCCCGCGGCUGCCCGGGCAGGCGGGCGCGCUCCCGCGCGUGUGUGAGUGUGAGAUCGCGAGCGUGUGCGCGCUCCCGUGCGUGUGUGCGUGUGCGCGUGUGCGCGUGUGCGCGUGUGUGUGUGUGUGUGUGUGUGUGUGUGUGUGUGCGCCCCUGUGCGAGCGCUAGUGUCUCAGCGCCGCCCGAGUGCGGGGGGGUGUUUGCGCGCUCCGCACCGCGCUCCCGGUUGCUGCCAUAUACCCGCCGCCGCCCCGGCGGCUCCGCGCAGCGCCCGCGCAGCGGGGAGGCAUCUUUAUGGGCUGCCACCAUGCUUGGGCCCUGGGGAUUUCGGGCGAAGGGAAGGGAGAAAGGAGGACAGAGGGAAUACUGUAUUUGCCUCCUUUACUAACCAUAACUGAAUUAAAGUUGUAAAAUGCCUGGGAGUUGAACAUUGACCAGGCAGGUUUUCAAAGGCUUUUUUUUUUUUUCCUCCGAAGAAGUGUUGGUUAAUGGAUGAAUGGAUCUGAUCAAGCUGAGAGAGAAUAUGCUAGAUACAUGCCUUUGAGUGAUAUUUCUGCUGCCUUCAUGCAGUGAAGCCUUUUGCUUUGAGUAAUUCCGAUCCAGUUGACGUCUGGUCAGAAUCAGAGAGAGAUUCACAGACUUCCGAUUUCUUGCUGCAUGACUGCCUUUGCUGCAAGUGCUAGGUUUGCAGCCUUGAACCUGAUGCCACAGGAGAUGUCUUGCAGUACUGAGACUUCCCGGGAUUUUGGAUGCAUUCCUCCAAAGCAGAGUUGUGUCAUGAGGAUUGGAGCUCUGAGGUGGACAGUAGAAAAUACAAGCUUGCUCCAAUAUCCCAGCAUUUAAGCCUGGAUGGUUUAUUAGUCUUCCCCUACUGAGACACACAGUGCUUUUAUUUUCCCUAGUCAUACUGCUUUUAGGCUAGUAGAAGAAAGCCACAAGGAGUCAGAAAGACUGAAAGAAGGAAUGGAAAUGGGAUUUGUUUGCAGCUAGGUGAAAUCUGGGUAUUAAAUUACUGACCUAGGUCAAUGGUAGGGUUUCCCUUCCACCUCUCCUUGGCAUUUAAUCAGCCUGGGUGUCUUCUCCCCUAAAGGAUGAAGAGUACUGACAGUCAUCGCUGCUUAUAAUCAGUAACUCUGAUGCUUGGAGUGUUGGCGAUGAGACAUUUCCAUGAGACCUAUUUAGAUCUCUCCACUUCUACCAGGCUAGUUUUGCAGAACGUUGGGAAUAAGCGCUAUGUCAGAUAUGGCUGAGACUACGAAGAUGAUCCGUGUGUUUUACAUUUCUCACAAAUUUUGGGGAAUAAAAUGUACGCUUGCUGUUCUACAGUAACUUUAGAACAGGACCUCAACAAAAAAAUGCAUAUCUGGAUGCUGCAGACGAUCGCGUUUGCUUUAACAUCGCUAGUCCUUUCAUGGGCAGAAAGCAUCGAAUAUUAUGGGGAAAUCUGUGAUAAUGCUUGUCCUUGUGAGGAGAAGGACAGCAUCUUAACGGUGAGCUGUGAAAACCGAGGGAUCAUCAGCCUUUUUGAGAUCAGUCCACCAAGGUUCCCUGUCUACCACCUCUUGUUGUCCGGGAACCUUUUGAACAGGCUGUACCCGAACCAGUUUGUCAAUUACACAGGGGCUUCAAUUUUGCAUCUCGGGAGCAAUGACAUACAAGACAUCGAAACUGGGGCCUUUCAUGGUCUGAGAGGCUUAAGGAGGCUGCACCUGAACAACAACAAGCUGGAACUUUUACGGGAUGACACUUUCCUUGGGCUAGAGAGUUUGGAAUACCUACAGGUCGAUUACAAUUACAUUAGUGUCAUUGAACCCAAUGCCUUCAGCAAACUGCAUUUGCUGCAAGUGCUGAUUCUCAAUGAUAACCUCCUCUCCAGUUUGCCCAACAACCUUUUCCGUUUUGUGCCCUUAACUCACCUGGACCUGAGGGGUAACCGGCUGAAGCUGCUGCCCUAUGUGGGCCUUUUGCAGCACAUGGAUAAAGUGGUGGAGCUGCAGCUGGAGGAAAACCCCUGGAAUUGCUCUUGCGAGUUGAUUUCUCUAAAGGAUUGGCUGGACAGUAUCUCCUACUCUGCUCUGGUGGGAGAUGUGGUUUGUGAGACCCCUUUCCGCUUACAUGGUCGAGACUUGGAUGAAGUUUCCAAGCAGGAGCUUUGCCCCAGGAGGCUCAUUUCAGAUUAUGAAAUGCGACCGCAGACACCAUUGAGCACUACAGGGUAUUUCCACACUACCCCAGCCUCAGUCAACUCCGUGGCCACUUCUUCUUCAGCUGUUUACAAAUCCCCUUUGAAGCCCCCCAAAGGCACCCGCCAACCCAACAAGACGAGGGUGCGCCCCACCUCACGCCUGCCCUCAAAAGACCUGGGAUACAGCAACUAUGGCCCCAGCAUUGCCUACCAGACCAAAUCCCCGGUGCCUUUGGAGUGCCCCACCGCCUGCACUUGCAACUUGCAGAUUUCUGACCUGGGCCUCAAUGUCAAUUGUCAGGAGAGAAAGAUAGAGAGCAUUUCUGAACUGCAGCCCAAACCCUAUAAUCCUAAGAAGAUGUAUUUGACGGAAAACUACAUUGCGCUGGUACGCAGGGCAGAUUUUGUGGAUGCCACUGGGCUAGAUUUGCUGCAUUUGGGCAAUAAUCGUAUCUCGGUCAUUCAGGACCGGGCUUUUGGGGAUUUAACUAAUUUGAGAAGGCUGUAUCUGAAUGGGAACCGGAUUGAGCAUCUGAGCCCAGAGCUGUUCUAUGGGCUGCAAAGCCUGCAGUACCUCUUCCUGCAGUACAACGUCAUCCGGGAGAUAGAGGCGGGCACCUUCCAAUCUGUCCCCAACCUUCAGCUCUUGUUUUUGAACAACAACCUGCUGAGGUCUUUGCCAGGGAACAUUUUUUCUGGUCUGUCUCUCUACAGGCUGAGCCUGCGGAGCAACCACUUCUCCUACCUGCCCGUGAGUGGGGUGCUGGACCAGCUGAAAUCCCUGCUGCAGAUAGACCUUCACGAGAACCCCUGGGACUGCACCUGCGAUGUGGUGGGCAUGAAGCUGUGGCUGGAGCAGCUCAACACUGGUGUCCUGGUGGACCAGGUCAUCUGCGAGUCCCCGAAGAAGUUUGCCCAGAGCGACAUGCGGGCUGUCCGGGCUGAGCUGCUCUGCCCUGACUACUCCGACAUUGUGGUCUCCACCCCGACGCCCUCCCCGGGCCAGCUGCCGGCCAGGACCACCCCGUCCUCCUCCACCGUGCGUCUCAACGGCACGGCGGCGGCGGGUGGCUCCGCGCCCGCGGGCGGCGCUGGCGGCGGCAGCUCCUCGGUGCCGCUCUCGGUGCUGAUCCUCAGUCUGCUGCUGGUCUUUAUCAUGUCCGUCUUCGUGGCAGCGGGGCUCUUCGUCCUGGUGAUGAAACGGCGCAAGAAGGGCCAGGGCGACCACGCCAGCGCCAACAACUCCGACGUGAGCUCGUUCAACAUGCAGUACAGCGUCUACAGCGGCGGCCACCAGCACCACCACCAUCCCCACCUCCAGCAGCAUCCCUCCCACCGCGGCGGCGGAGGCGGCGGGGGGGGCGCGGCGCUGCCCAAAGUUAAGACCCCCGCUGGGCACGUCUACGAGUACAUCCCGCACCCCCUGGGCCACAUGUGCAAAAACCCCAUCUACCGCUCCCGGGAGGGCAACGCGGGCGAGGAUUACAAAGACCUCCACGAGCUCAAGGUCACCUACAGCAGCCACCCUCUGCAGCCCGGCGGGGGUGCCCCGUCUCCCCCAGCCCCCCCGCCGCCGGCAGCGCCCGGCGGGGAGGACGCGCCGGUGCGCAGCCCCGCGUACAGCGUGAGCACCAUCGAGCCGCGGGAGGAGCUGCUGUCCCCGGUACAAGACGCCGACCGCUUUUACAGGGGCAUUUUGGAGCCUGACAAGCACUCCUCGUCCUCCACGCUGGGGACAGCCGGGUCCACCCUCCCCGACUACCCCAAACUCCCCGCUGCAUACACCUACUCCCCCAACUAUGACCUUAGGCGUGCCCCACAGUACUUGCACCCGGGCCCGGGGGACGGUAGGCUCCGGGAGACAGUGCUCUACACCCCCCCGAGUACUGUCUAUGUAGAGCCCAACAGGAACGAGUACCUGGAGCUAAAAGCAAAACUAAAUGCAGAGCCGGACUACCUCGAAGUGCUGGAAAAACAGACCACAUUCAGCCAGUUCUGAGAAACAGCCCCCCUCCCCCUUCUGCCCUCCGAUCCUCCCGCCAGCCACAGCAGCUCCUUCUCUAGAGUAUUUGUAUUUAACAACCACACGCAAAACAAAGAAACGUAAAUGCUGACCUCCCCCCACCUCGCCCACCUCCUGUUUCCCCCCUUUAAUUCAUUUUAUUGUAGGGUGAAGUGCCUUGGCACAGGAUUUUUCAGCUUUGGGGAAUGAAUAUGAAAGGGUGUGCUGUUUAUUUUCAGUUGUGUUUUUUUUUUUUUUUCCCUUUUCUCAGUUUGUAGUGUGUUUGGAAGUAAGAAACCACCUAUUGUAUACAUUGGGCACAGCACUGCCAUUGUGUGUGUAUCCAUGCAUGCUUGGGGGAAGGUGGCAGGAGGGUCUUGUCAGGUCAUAUUAAGGUUACAAGUAUGAAAGGCAUGGUCACUUUAGGUUUUUGUACAGACAUUGUUUAAUUUUGGUUUUUUUUCUGGUUGAAGAGUGCAGCGCACAUUUUCCCCUUUUAUCCAUGGGCGAGUCUAAAUGGCUUUUAUGGAGAUAUUAGCACACCCCAACUUUAAUACAAUGUUUCCUUUUUUUAAGGAUGUGUUUGUAUACUUUCUGGACUUUUGAAUUAAAAUACAUUAUGAUCUUUAAAAGGAUCACUGUAGAUGUGGGCAAAUCAUUAAAGUGCAGAGAUAUAUGAUCCAUAACUGGUUAGUGAAAAUAACUUAUUGAUGAAAUAUAAAAAAUAUUUUAUUGUAGCACCUAUUUUUAUAUGUACAUUAGCAUUUCUCUUCACUAUUUUAGGGCCUAGUCCUGCAAAUUCUUACUCAUUUGAGUAUGUCUACUUGUGAAAGAAGCCCAAGUUUAGGCCUUCAUCCUGCAAGCACUUAAACAUAUGAAAAACUCUACCAAUGGGUAUAGUCUCAUAGACUCACUCAUUGAGCAAAGUUAGUCACAUGCCCAAAAGAUCAGGAUAGAAGAUGCAGAGCUAUUCUUACAACUAAAACUACUGGGACAUUUAAGUGUUUCCUCUUUUUUCAGGAUGGGGUCCAGAGUCUGUGUAUUGCUUUAAAGUUUUGCACUACAUUGAGAGCUUUUUUUCCCAAAGCUGAUACUGUAUCAUAAGGAUGUUUUAAAUCAUUACAAAUAAUGCUAAUUAUGACCGAAUCUUAACAGACAAUCCAAG